CCCCCCCCCCCCCCCCCCUCCUCUCUCUUGGCCCUAGAUUUUCUCUCAUUAGUUUCGCUUCCGUUAUUUUUAUCAAAUCAAAAGGAGAAAAAAAAUGGCAAACGCAGCAUCUGGGAUGGCUGUGCAUGAUGACUGCAAGCUGAGGUUUUUGGAUUUGAAGGCAAAAAGGACUUACCGUUUCAUUGUUUUCAAGAUCGAGGAGAAGCAAAAGCAGGUGAUUGUGGAGAAGCUUGGUGAGCCGGCUGAUAGCUAUGAAAAUUUCUCUGCCAGUCUGCCUGCUGAUGAGUGCCGAUAUGCUGUUUAUGACUUUGAUUAUGUAACAGAGGAGAACUGCCAGAAGAGCAGGAUUGUUUUUAUUGCAUGGUCCCCUGACACGGCUAGGGUGAGAAGCAAGAUGAUUUAUGCAAGCUCCAAGGACAGGUUUAAGAGAGAAUUAGAUGGUAUUCAGAUUGAGCUGCAAGCUACUGAUCCUACAGAGAUGGGGCUUGAUGUUAUUAGAAGCCGUUCGAAUUAAAAUACAUUGCCUACCAUGCAAGGGAGUCCAUAUCAUUGGGUUCAUUAAGUGUAUGUUUAUGUAUCUGCACCUAGAAUUUGCCUUCUGUUAUGUUUGUGGAUUCAUGGGGCGAGUAUCCCCUCCAGUGUGAUACUUGCAUACAGUUAUAUGAUGUUCUGUGGGGGUAUAGUUCAGUUUGAUUUCUUUGAAGGCUUUUGUUAUAUGUUGCACUCGUACUAGUCUUUUACCCUACUUUCAAUUAAAUUAUGUACCAUUUCAUUGUCCAUAA